AUGAAAUGGCAGCUCUUAGGAAUCAGUGGUGUUAUUCUAAGGUUAUUGUACCAAAGAUCAAAACAGUUGACAGCAGCAGCUGUCAUGAUCAAUGAGUACAAUACCUCAAAGGUUUGUUUGUCACGUAAAACAAGGAACUUGGAGCACGCAAAGCUUGCAAAUGGAACGGAGUUCUUUGAAAAAACUGUUCGAUCCUUUGGGACCGAGACAUUAACGCCAGCAAGAACAUGA